CCGCUAUUUUUCCAAAAUAGCAAGUAUAUUGAUUCACGCUCCUCUGGCUUUAGUGCUUAUUAUAUUAUAUUAUAUUAUAUUAUAUUAUAUUAUAUUAUAUUAUAUUAUAUUAUAUUAUAUUAUAUUAUAUUGGAAAAUAAAGGAAGGAAACAGUUCAUAUUAUGAAUAGGAUUAAAUAAAUGCAUAGCAGAACUGCAUGCAGACAUGCAAAAGUUUAGCGACCGAGUAUUGUUAAAUGCAAUAAAAAAAAAUUCAAAAUACAGUUAACUAUGAUACGUUGUAGUGUGUGUAAAAAGCAGGAGUCGUGUUCUUUUUUGUGUAAAAUGUCUGUGACAGUAAUCGUAUGUUUUUUUUUUUUUUAAAUACACAAAUAGGUUUUUUUACGCGUAUCGUAUGUCUUGGCAAAAGAGGAAAAUUUAGUGCGCAAAUUGUAAGGGUAUCACGGGCAGGUAACCUAGCAACCGUGUUUCAGUCAGGUUUUAAAUCUGACUAGCUCAUAAAGUCAUUUUGACAAGAUAAAAAAAAAAUACAGUAAUUAAUAAUAUAUUCUGUACGCGCACGCCCACAUUUAUACAACCAUGCGGUGUAUAAAUUAACCAACGCUAUCUAAUGGAAGAGUUUCAAUCGUGACUCCAGCAGUUUGUUCAGUGGCACCCGGUGCUUCGUGAACGAAGAAUGAGCCAGACUCAUGGUGAGACAGUAGGAGACAGGCAAAAUGUAUUGGAUGUUUUUAAUAAGCGCUUCAAUAUGCAUGAAGAACUCAGUGGUUCAUCUACCCAGUGCAUCCAAGAUCCUUCCGGUGUAAGCUUUUGUAAAAGCCAAGCAAGAAAAUUCAAAGUGAAACGACUAAAGACUCAUAAGGAAAGAAGUCAAUUCAGAAGUCAGAAAGGACAAGAGACCAAGCAAAGCUAUCGCCAAUACAGUAGGAGGGAAGUUAAAACAUCUAAAUGCUCCAUUUGCCGUCCUAAAUGCCAAAAGCUCCCUCUGUCCAGAGAACCUCUGUCUGGCAGGACUUUCUCCAAGCAGGAGCCCUGCAUCAUUACUGACAGUCGUCUAAUUGGUCAUCGUGGUCUGUUUAGCCAUGAAGUAAAAUCCAUCAACAUUGUACGACUGUUGACGGACCAGAGUAGGAAAACCGAUGGAGGAAGAAGAGAAAACCUUAGUAAAAUUUGUACCACUAAAAAUACUGUUCCUUCUGCUUGUUAUCCAUCUCCUGAUCCUGGUCCCAGUGCAUACUGUCACCCUGUUUUUAGUCCAUGUAAGAAAAGUCGGAAAAAAAGCAAAGAAGGAAUUACACAGAUAAAUACUAACCGAGAGCACUCCUGUAUAACUCCCUCCAAAGCUGUUGUGCUAGAAAAAAUGGUGAAGACAGGUGAAUCUUUUUUGGUAGGCCUAAUUUCAGGAGAAGUUGAAAAAACAGGAUUUUCUGUUUCUCAACAAGAUUCCAACAGCCAGGGAACAAGUUCUCUUCAAGAGAAAUUCGCAGCAGAUUCCAGAUUUCUAUCAUGUCAUUCAUCUGAAAAUGAAACUGCCUUCCAGUUAUCCUCAGACAGUUCCGAUGGUAGGAUUUCAAAUAAAAUUGAGUUGAGCUCUUUGGCUGUAGUACUGGAUAAUGAUUCACUGCAAUCGCAUACUAUGGAGAAGGAGAGGCAACAAUGCAAUGACUCAAAGACAAUGACAACAUCAGCCUUCCUACAGGUGUCUGAGAUUAGCGAUUCUCAAAACAGUCUUAGACAUGAUGUCAGUUUAGACUCUGACCCACCUACUGUGGAAGAUGUGACACAAAAUAAAGCUGAGAAUUAUGCUUCUGCACGCGUGGCCACAGUAGUCUCGCGCUUGCAUCACUCCCUAGACAUGCCAUUGUGGCGCCGGGGAUAUCUGCUGGUGGAAAGCAAGGAGGCUCUGCUCCAGGCACUUCAAGAGAGGCAUGGUGUCCAGCUGCAAAACAAUCUCCAUGCAGUGCAGCAUACCCUUGGCUGUGAUGCAAUGGUGGCAGAAAGAGGUCAGACAAUGUACUUAUAUGUUUAUCUAGUUCAUCCAGACACCAGUGUAAACAGAGUUCAAUAGUGCCAUGUAAUAUGUUGCAUUUAAUAAGCAAUAUGACUGUAAACUGAAGCUGGUUACUUAGACCUCCAUGCAGUUGAUUUUUGGCUUUCUAGUAGCUAUGGUAAAUUGGGCAUUCUGCAUUACUGGUUUUGCUCAACUUGCUCCACAGCUGCCUCUUCCCAUCCAGAUUCCAAGUCUAUUCCAUCCCAUUCAAAUGGAGGCCAUAGCCCAGACAGAGAGCCACCCUGGGCCAAGACACACAAAACUGGCUGCCAUCGGAGGAGGAAACAGAAGAACCCCCAAAAACUGGAGCCGCAGCUGCUCUCUGAGUCACCACAAGCUAAAAAAGCAGCACGAGAGUGGAAUUCAGGCACUACAAUCCAGCAAUCCAGUGUGUCCGUUAAUGUUUUGAGGCCACACUCCCCAGAGUUUUUUAUGGAUCUCCAACCAUCGUUUGAUGCAUUAUCUCCGGUUCCAGUUAAAACACAUGACAGGUCUCUAUUGCCUAGGGUAAAUCCUUUGAACAAAGGAACAACAGCUUUCAUUGUUGGAGAGAAGAAGUGUGACACUAAUGUGUCCUUUUUAAGCCCAACAGAAAGUUUUGAGAGGAACAGAAAGCCUUUCUUAAAAUAUACUCUUUCAGCUCCUAGAAAUGGCUCAAGUCAUUUGAAGCUUUGGGAAGAGUGUUCAGCUGACACAGAGAAAAGCUAUUUAAACAAAAAUUCUUCUCCUCCCGAUCACUCUCCAUCUUUGAAUCAGUAUAUGCAGACAUACUAUCCCUCUCACAUACUUCCUUCAACAUCUAAAUUCUAUAGGUUGGACAUGAGUCAAUAUCCACCCUCUGAUAGGCUAGAAAAAGGAUUGUCUCCCAGAAAACUGUCCUUCCCUUUUUACCCCAGCCCUGAACAUUGGUCUUACCCUCGAAUGAAGCUUUACUGAUCUGCAUUUAUUACAAAAUAUUUUUGUUGUGCAAAAAAAAUGAUUCACACAUGCUUGGACGUUUUCAUAAAAAUUUUACUUGGAAAGCUCAGAGUACUGUAAAAAUGAAUGUGGUCAAAUAUGUAAUACAAAAUACAAUUUCAGUUUAGAAGUUCAGAUGUUAAGAAUCUUUAUAUUUUGCAAAUAUUGUUAUGUAAUAAACGUACAUAUGUAAAACUAA